CCUCCCAGGGCUGCUGGGGCUGGAUCAGGCCCCGGCCCCAAGGUUCUGGGUCUCAGUCCGCGCGCGGAGCCCACCGCUGGCACGAUGAUGACCCUCUGGCUGGUGUACGUCGGGCAGAAGCUGCUGCUCUGGGGCGCGCUCAGCGCCUUCUCCCUGGCGGGCGCCACCUUCAUCCUGAGCUUCCUGCAGAUGGUGAUGAGAUAUGCGCAUAACUGGCUGGAAAUGAGGCCCCUCCCCACCAUUGCGGGCUCCUACCCGUUUGUGGGACACAUGCUGAUGCUGGAGCGAAGAGGGAAAGAGUUUUUCCAGCAGCUGAUUCGUUACACUGGAGAAAACAGACACGUGCCAAUGCUAAAACUCUGGCUUGGCACAGUACCAGUAAUAGCCAUGUAUAAGGCCGAAACUAUAGAGGUAAUUUUAACUAGCUCAAAGCAAAUUGACAAGUCUUAUCUGUACACCUUCCUACGACCAUGGCUUGGCCUAGGACUUCUUACGAGUACUGGAAACAAAUGGCGCUCCAGGAGAAAACUAUUAACACCCACUUUCCAUUUUACCAUUCUGGAAGAGUUCUUAGAUGUCAUGAAUGAACAAGCCAACAUAUUGGUUAAAAAGCUUGAAAAACAUGUUGACGGAGAAAAAUUUAACUGCUUUUUUUACAUCACUCUUUGUGCCUUAGAUAUCAUCUGUGAAACAGCUAUGGGCAAGAACAUUGAUGCUCAGACUAAUGAUGAUUCUGAGUAUGUCCGUGCAGUUUAUAGGAUGAGUGAUUUGACACAUCAAAGAAUGAAGACGAUUUGGUUCUGGCAUGACAUUUUAUACCUUUUGUUUAAAGAAGGAAGGGACCAUAAAAGGAACCUAAAGAUCGUACAUAAUUUUACCACCAAUGUCAUCAAUGAACGGGCCAAUGAAAUAAAGAGAGAAGAAGAACGUACAAGUGGUGACAAGGGCAAGACCCCCUCCAACAGAAAACGCAAGGCUUUUCUCGACCUGCUCUUAAAUGUGGUGGAUGAUGAAGGGAACAAGCUAAGCCAUGAGUCCAUUCGAGAAGAAGUGGACACCUUCAUGUUUGAGGGCCAUGACACAACUGCAGCUGGAAUAAACUGGGCCUUGUACCUAUUGGGUUGCUAUCCAGAAGUCCAGAAAAAAGUGGGCAAUGAACUGGACGAAGUGUUUGGGAAUUCUGAUCGCCCUGUUACCUUAGAAGACCUGAAGAAACUUAAAUAUCUGGAGUGCGUUAUUAAGGAGACCCUUCGUGUUUUUCCUUCUGUGCCUAUAAUUGCCCGUGAACUUAAUGAAGAUUGUGAUGUUGGGGGGUACAUCCUCACGAAAGGCUCUCAACUACUCAUCAUUCCCUAUGCACUGCAUAGAGACCCAAGAUACUUCCCAGACCCUGAGGAGUUCAAGCCAGAGCGGUUCUUUCCAGAGAAUUCGACGGGACGCCAUCCAUAUGCAUAUGUGCCCUUCUCUGCUGGACCCAGAAACUGUAUAGGUCAGAGGUUUGCCAUGAUGGAAGAAAAGGUCAUUCUUUCAUGCAUCCUGAGGCAUUUUUGGGUCGAAUCCACCCAGAAAAGAGAAGAACUUGGUCUGGCAGGAGAGCUGAUUCUUCGUCCUACUACUGGCAUCUGGAUCAAGUUGAAGAGGAGAAACGCAGAUGCAUCCUAACUGUAUUAUUGGGCUGUUCCUUAGUCAGAAUAAGGUCUUUCUUUACACCUAUUUUUUUUCUUAUCCCCCCUUACUUUGGGGUCAAGUCUACCAAAGAGAGAGUUUUUAUAUUUUCAUCACCACCAUUUCCUUACCCUUGGUCUUGAUCCCAAAAGGUGAGUUAACUGAUGUCCAUACCCAAAUAAACAUAUACAUUUCCCAACAGAGGGACCCAUAGGCCAAGUCAAUUUCAAUCAACAGACCCAAAGGAUAUAAGUUAGUUGAGAUUCUAGAACUUUUUAAGUUUUUCUUGUUGAACUCAAAUAUACUUACGUAUAUAUACAUUUUAUUUGAAAAAGUAAUUAAAUACUCAGGCUUGAGUUUAGUAGGUUUUAAAAAUUAUAUUAGGUUUUAAUAUUUAUGAUGAUGAUACUUUUCAGAUUUUAUCAAGGAGAGCAGAUCAUUUAUAAGUUAACUCUUAGUUUCUGUUCCUAUUUCCUUUUUAACCAUGUUCUUAUGGCCUUCAUUUCAUUUCAUUCUACAUAACCUCACAAUUACCUUUUCACAUCAUGUAUUAUCAGGUAAGAUUCCUCUUGGUGAUCCCCAGUUCCUCAUAAUGGCUUUUGGAAUUGGCAGCACCUUAGCCUUUUAUCAGUUUAUUCUACUUUUCAUUCCAAGGGGAUAAGUAAGUUUCUAUCCAAAGUCAUAACACUAGUGUGUGACAGGGCUGGGAGUCGAUAGAAGUCUAAACUCUCAAUCUCUACUACAAUAUUCUAUUACUUUAUGAAACUCAAGUCUAUAAUUGUAUAUAUCAUUAGAACACAGAUCUUCUAGAAUUCUCCUAUCAUUAAGGAGAAGAGAAGUCGCACAUGUAUAGUAAUCCAGCACAUAGUUUAGGGUUAAACUUCCGGGAAAUUCAAUCCUCCCGAACAUACCUGUCAAGCUGAUAAUUGACAGAAAUUCCUUGAAUUUUAAUUCCAUUGACAAUAUCUCUAGUCCCUCACUCAGUGACUAAAAAAAAUUAUUUUGAUAAAUAAUUUUAAUGAGA